CGUCUCAAUUUUUUAUUCCGAACUAAAAGUAAAUAUUUUCAAAAAUGAUUGAGAUUAAGCUACCUGCUUUUACCGAGUUGAACGAGUUUGCCAGUAUAGGUGCUGGUGGAAGCGUUGUAUUCGCUACAGACGACUUCUUUGCGCCAUGCGAGAACAUGAUAGCGGAUUCAGAUCCCGUAUUCGUCGUAGAUAAGUACACAGAAUUCGGCAAAUGGAUGGACGGAUGGGAGACUAGGAGGAAACGUGUCACUGGACAUGAUUGGUGCAUAUUAAAACUUGCUACGAAGUGUGUUAUUGGAGGGUUAUUAGUAGACACGGCGUUCUUUACCGGAAAUUAUGCUCCUAAAUACUCUAUUCAAGCCGCGAGUCUUACACCUGAAGAGGAAGCACUUAUACCCGAAAGGCAUUCGGAAAUGGGAUCGGCUUGUAGUAAAUGUGAUCUUGAACAGAUCACACAGAUUGAUUCUGACAAGUGGGAUGAAAUUGUUCCCGUUACUCCUUUGAGAGCAGGAUAUGAAGAAACUAGGCUUAAUUUUCAGAAGGUGGUAUGCGACGAAGCGUACACGCAUAUCCGAGUGAAUAUCUUUCCUGAUGGUGGUAUUGCGAGACUUAGAGUUUAUGGAGAAGCUAGGUCAGAAGCACCACCACCUCACCAUAUUGUCGACCUCGUCUCUUUGCUCAAUGGAGCUACUUGUCAAGGUUCCUCUAACGCCCAUUAUGGACAUCCUCGCAAUAUGAUAAAACCAUGCAAGAGUGAAUCUAUGGCAGACGGUUGGGAGACCGCGCGGCGUCUUGACAGGCCAGAAAUCAUUGAAGCCAAUGACGAUGGAACAUUAAAAGUACCUGGUGAAGAAUGGGCAAUAUUCAAACUGGGUUACCCAGGCAGAAUUGAGAAGAUUUGCGUCGAUACAGCUCAUUUUAAAGGAAACUUCCCUGAUUCAGUGAAGAUCGAAGGCGCGUUUUUGGGAUUCGCCGACUGGACUCCAGAAUUGAGUUACAACUGGAAUACUAUUCUUAAGCCCAGUAAGUUGUCAGCGCACAAUGAACACUGGUACAAUUGCAAGUCUGAUGUCAUCACCCACCUUAAGGUGACUAUGGCUCCUGAUGGUGGUAUCAGCAGAAUUAGGACUCUUGGCUACGUUGACACAAAGGGAUUUUGAGAAGAUGAUAGGAAAAAAAAACUUGAAAUCCAGUGAUUAUUAUUUAGGUUAUUUGUUUCUGAUAAAAAGGCUGUGAUUUAAUUAGAAGUACUACAAGUAAGGUCACUAAGAACAUUUCAAACAUUUUCAAUACACUGGAAAAGCAUAAUUAUUUUAAAGCUACAAUACAAAAUUGUGUUCGCAAGAGAAAUGCGGUAUAAUAAGUAAUUUUAAUCGAAUUCGUUGCGAUUUUUUCUGGUUUUAAUUAAAUAAAUACAACAAGGUCCGACACUUAUUACAAAACUAUUUUUAAAUCAUGUAUGAAAAGUUGAUAAACGUGACAGACAAUGUGAAUUACAUCGUCGCUUUAUACAAAAUUAACUGAAUUGUAGUGUUUGUAUUAAUAAGACGAGAUGAUAGAAUAAUAUUGUGAUAUGUAAUUAGAUAAGUAAGAUACGUUUUAAUAGUACUCAAAGUUCCUUGUUUUAAGAGUGUUAAUAGUUCCUAAAACUUUGUUUGUCUUCCCUGAUAAUUAAUAUUUUAGUUGCACGUUUAUUCUUCACACAUAUAUGUCAUUUAAUAAUGUGAAAUG